AUGCAAGCCCAGCUGCAGACGCUUACGACUCAGAUGCACAGAGCAACGAGCGGAGCCCCGGAACUCGAGACUGUAUUAGCGGAGGCGCGACGCUCGCCCUUCACCACAAAAGUAUCAGGCGUCAGAGUAAGACGCAAUCCCGAUACCAACAAAAACAAGCCAAUACCGUACGACGGCAAGGGGGAUCCCACUAUCUUCUUGAAGUCUAUGUCUAUCCAUAUUGGUAGUUCAUACUUUUCUCCCGAGGAGGAGGACGCGGGAAGUUGUCAACUGUUCGUCGAAAGCUUAACCGGGGAAGCAUUGAACUGGUUUUCAAAGCUCAAGGCCAAUUCGAUCGAUGGUUAUGAAGCACUCACAACUGCCUUCCUUCAGCAUCACCAAUGUUUCAUGCACGUCCCUGCGUCAAACGCCGAAUUAUGGAGAAUGCGUCAGAAGCCCAACGAGUCGCUGCGAACUUUCAUGGCAAGAUUCAGAGGAGUUGUAACCCAGCUCGCCAUCAGCGACGAAGCCGCUAUCGGAGCUCUAAGGGACGCACUCGCCCGCGGAACCAGGUUCAAGGAAGACCUAACAAUCUUACCCCUCCAAUCCCUGCGCGAAGUCUUUGCGCGUGCAAACCGAUACAUGCUGGUGGAGGAAGACCAAGGGAAAGAAAGCCACGAUCAAACUGAUGCGGCAGAAAAAGCGUCCGAGAAGGCUCCGAGCUCAAAGGGUAAAGCCAUAGACGAGUACCAUGAACCACGCCAGCACUACAACAGGGACUACGCCCGAGGCGAGAAAGGAAGAAAAGCGACGAUGUUCGCUAUCGAAGGAAAAGAGCCACAGAAUAAGUCUUGGAACAAAUGGCACCGUGAAUCCGAUAAUCCCGGCUUCAAAGGCAAGCGCCCGUAUUGCGAGUUCCACAGGUUCAACGGACAUUCAACUGAAGAGUGUAAAACACUUCAAAUGCUGCUUCUCGAAAAGUACAAGAAAGGUGGCGUCGAUGUAGAGCGAGAGCGCAGAAAAGUUGUCGCACACAAAGAUAAUCAGUAUUGCCUAAGAGACGAACAACAGCACGACAGACGGCGCGAAGAGGAAACUGCAGCACAGGAUGACCGAGCUUGGGCACAAAAUGACCGAGAACGGGAAGUUGCUCGUUUACCUCCUCCCCCCAGAAGGAAUCGCGAAGCAGAAGAGCACGAUGAACCACCAGCUCCUCGCCGAAGGAUCAACAUGAUCAUGGGUGGCCUGUCAACAUGUCGCGAUUCUGUUCGAUCUAUCCAAGCCUACUGUCGCGAAACAGAAACAAAGCGCAACACGCCUUCUCACAGCAACAUGUUCAAGACAUCCACCGCACCAAUUACCUUCACUGAAGAAGAUGCGCGCAACGCUAGUCCGAACAACGAUCCACUUGUCGUGGAAAUGGUAAUCGGCGAGAGCUCAGUAACAAGGAUUCUUAUUGACACCGGGAGUUCAGUCAACGUGAUAUUCAAGGACGUGCUGAUCCAGAUGGAGAUUGAUCUGCGCAACACGGUCCAUGAAACGCAGCCUUUGACAGGAUUCGACGGGGACACCAUCAUGACUGUCGGGACUAUAACGCUUCCAAUUUACGUUGGCGGUACGAUGCAGUGCUUCAACUUCGCAAUUGUGGACAAACCCAUCGUCUACAAUGUUAUUCUGGGAACGCCCUGGCUCCACAAGAUGCGCGCUGUCGCUUCUACGUAUCACCAAUGUGUCAAGUUCCCGAAUGCAUACGGAAUCUAUACGCUGCGCGGAGACCCUCUGAUGGCACGGACCUGUUUUAUCAUUGAGAAAAAGAUGCGCAACGCAAGGGCUUUCGUAAUCGCCCAAUCAGCACCACCACGAGAUCCACGUACACCACCUCCGAAGGAGUCUGUGAUUCAAGUUAACAUCGACUUGUCUGAUCCUAAGCGUUGCGUCGGAAUAGGAGCCGAGCUGCCAGUCGCAUUAAGAGACGAGCUCGUCCAUUUUUUGCGUAAGAAUGCAACCACAUUCGCAUAG